AUGACGAUGGGGCGUCAAUCGACGUGGACCACAUCGUUUCAGGCCAACCAGCAGUGGCUCGCAGGGCUCAAAAGACGUGAGACAAUGGGGAAGAUGAAGAAGACGCGCAAGUUCGCGGCGGUCAAGCGCAUGAUCAGUCCUCGUGACACGCGCAUCAAUUCGGUGCGCAAAGCGGUCGAGAAAGCCGAAGAAAAGAAGCGCAAAGCAUCAGAGCCAAAGCAAAUUGACCAGGUCCCGUCCAACAUGUUUUUCAAGUACAACUCGGCACUGGGUCCGCCAUACAAUGUCAUUGUCGAUACAAACUUUAUCAAUUUCUCCAUCAAGAACAAGCUCGAGGUCGUCUCGGCCAUGAUGGACUGUCUGCUCGCCAAGUGCGUUCCGUGCAUCACGGACUGCGUCAUGGCAGAGCUGGAGAAGCUUGGGCAGAAAUACCGCGUGGCGCUGCGUCUAGCAAAGGACCCGCGUUUUGAGCGACUGCCCUGCACGCACAAGGGCACGUACGCCGAUGACUGUCUUUUGCAGCGUGUGCAGCAGCACCGCUGCUACGUCAUUGCAACGUGCGAUCGCGAGCUCAAGCGUCGCAUCCGGAAGGUUCCUGGUGUACCCAUCAUGUAUAUUUCCAACCGCAAAUAUGUGAUCGAGCGGCUGCCGGAGGCCAAUGCCGCUAAGAUCAAGUAG